AUGCUGUCCAGAGCUGUGAGACCUGCCCUCUGCGCCGGCAAUGCCGCCUUCGCCAGAGCGGCUGUGCCUCAAGUUGCCGGCUAUGCCACGUUGCGAGAAAUCGAGAGUCGUCUCAAGUCGAUUCGAAAUAUCGAAAAAAUCACCAAGACCAUGAAAAUCGUCGCCUCCACAAAGCUCACUCGUGCCCAAAGGGCCAUGUCUGAAUCCCGAACUUACGGCCAGACAUCAAACCAAGUUUUUGAGGAAGCCGAGACCAAGCCUUUGGAAGAGAAGAAAACACUCUUGGUUGUUGGAAGUUCUGACAAGGGUCUCUGCGGUGGCAUUCAUUCCGGCUUGACGCGGACCGUUCGGCGAAUGCUAGAGACGGAUCCCAAUAUGGACCUUGCGGUGAUUGGUGAAAAGUGCAAGUCUCAACUUGGUCGUUCCAACGCAAAGAAUAUGGUCUUGAGCUUUGCUGGUAUCGGAAGAGACGUUCCCACCUUUGCUGAUGCACAAGCCAUUGCGGAUCAAUUGAUCAUGCUACCGGAAGACUACGCAAGCAUCAAGAUUAUCUACAACAGGUUCAUCAACGCUCAGAGCUAUGAACCGGUCACGAUUGAGGCAUUUUCCGAGGAAGCAAUUACUCAGUCUCCUAACUAUGCGGCAUUCGAAAUCGACGAUGAGGUUCUUGCCAACCUUCGAGAAUAUGCUCUGGCCAAUGCACUUUACUGGGCACUCGCUGAAGGACAUGCUUGCGAACAAUCCGCCAGAAGAAAUGCUAUGGAUAAUGCCUCCAACAACGCCGCAGACAUGAUCGGCAAAUUCACCAUCUUGUACAACAGAACUCGACAAGCCGUCAUUACUGGAGAAUUGGUGGAGAUUAUUACUGGUGCCACUGCCUCAGAAGAUAUGUAG